CACCCUCUAAUUCUUUCAGCAUAUUCUCCCCGCCAUGGCUUCCACCGCCGCUGGUCAUGAGCUCGCGCCCACCACGGGAGCCACCCUCGUCGUGGGUGGCACCGGCUACAUCGGCCGCUUCGUCGCCGAGGCUGGCCUGGCCCUUGGCCACGCCCUCUACGUCCUCGUCCGCACCUUUGGCCCCUUCGUUUCCCCCUCCCGUGCGGCCACCGCCGCAGCCCUCCGCGAGAAAGGAGCCAUUAUUUUGGAGGGUUCCGUGGACGAUAAAGACUUCAUGGAGAAGACUCUGAGAGAGAACAACAUCCAUGUAGUUAUCUCCGCGGUUGGCGGCGAGAGCAUUCUGGAUCAGCUCUGCUUGCUCGACGCCAUCCAAGCUGCGGGCACCGUCAAGCUAUGCCUUGCGCUGGUGUGGCAGCGGUUCCUGCCGUCGGAGUUCGGGCACGACAUCGACAAGGCGAACCCGGUGGAGCCGGCACUGAGCCUCUACAACAGAAAGAGAAGGGUUCGGCGAGCCGUCGAGGCCGCCGGCGUUCCCUACACCUACAUAUGCUGCAACUCCAUCGCCGGCUGGCCCUACCACGACAACAAACACCCGUCCAAGGCGGCGCCACCGCUGGACCGCUUCGUCAUCUAUGGGGACGGCAGCGUCAGAGCCUUCUUUGUUGCAGGAAGUGACAUUGGGAAAUUUACGAUGAGAUCAGCCUUCGACAGUCGCACCGUGAAUAGAGCUGUUCACUUCCGCCCGACUUGCAAUUGUGUUAGCUUGAACGAGAUGGCUUCCCUGUGGGAGCGCAAGAUUGGAAGGACACUGCCAAGAGUCAGAUUCACUGAGGAGGACCUGCUCGCCAUUGCUAAAGAGAAUGAGAUUCCAGCCAGCGUUGUUGCUGCCUUGACUCAUGACAUCUUCAUCCUUGGAUGCCAAUCCAAUUACUCGGUGGACGGGGUGAAGGAUGUGGAGGUCAGCUGCCUCUACCCCGACAUGGCAUUCCGGACACUCGAUGACUGCUUCAGUGACUACAUCUCGAGCCUUUUGCCCCACCAAGCUAGGGAGACAAGACCAUCUGCGGCCGCUGCUACGGUGGAUCAACCGGCAGUUCCACCGGCCACUGCUUAAUUACAAGCAUGCAUGGAUGCAUAGAACUCCAUCG